AUGUCUAAUCUAAACCAAACCUGCUCCAAUGAUGCAUUGGACUACUUCAAUGAGAACAUAGGGCUAAGAGGGCCAAUCACGCGAGUCAAUGCUCUCAUAGUGGUUAACGCCAUCUUGAUGGGGUUCAUGGUCGGUAUAGGCGCCUAUGGCCAUCGCUACCGGCACAAUCCACUGAUCCGUUUCCUCUUCCUGGCUGCCACCAUAUUGUUCUUGCCCAUUGUCUCUUAUAUUGUCUCUUCCAGCGGUUUAGGCAUUGGCAAGUUGACCAGCAUACUACACUAUGGUGAGUUGCUCAUAAAAGGGGAAUGUUAUACAGGAUUACACAUAAUCUUCAUCCUUAUAUGGACGGGUUUUGUCUUGAUUAUUGGUAUCAAUACCACUGCACUAGUGGCAGCUGAUGCUAGGGAAGGUCGAAGCAUUCAUCCCAAUAUGACGCUACUUAUUCAAGCAUUAUGGACUUGCUACCUAGGGAUAUACACCUCCAAAAUGUUUGUUCUCAAAAGUUUCGGCAACUUAUUGCUUCUUGGGGCAGUUGGUUUUAUAUUUGUCAAAUUACUUCUGAAGUAUUAUGCAUGGUGCAUUGCUAGAAAAUCAUUAGCCUUUGGGCGCAAUCCUCGUCUUAUUGUUGGAUACAUGGAGCAGCUACAGGAUGGAGGCCAUAUUGUUAUGUCAGAAAGUGAGCAUAUACCUCCUCCACUUAUAGUUACUGGUGAGCACAACAUGCAGGUGCAGGAGAAGCCUUGUGGCUACAAAUUCAAGUGGAUAUCCAGCAGAGUGACAGGUGAUAUGAACAGCAAGGGAUUAGUGACCUUUGAUAAAGUCUGGCAGUUGAAUGACACACUUUUGAGGUCAAAGUCACUAGAGCUAAAAGAACUAUGCUUUUCAUUCGCAUUAUUUAAACUGCUACGGUGUCGAAUUGCAAGGUACACAAUUACUGAGGUUGGUUUCAUCAAGGGCAGUAACUUCUUGCGACAAAUGUUGCUUGAAGAUAAUGAUGGUGAGAGAGUAUUUGCGGCAAUUGCACAUGAGCUUUCUUUUCUUCAUGAUUAUUAUUAUUCACCCCAUCCAAUCACAUAUUCAAGAAGUUGGCUGCCAAUUGUGAGCAUAUUCAUUUCAAUACUGAGCAUAUUUUACAGCUUAGUUGUCUUGAAAGAUAUAACGAUUGGUGUUGCCAUUCCCCUGGUCAACUUGACCAGUCACCCGGAAGGGCAGAUUAAUUGUUAUAUCUCCUGUAUCGAGAUUUCUUCGGACACUUCAAGAAGUUUGAGCACACGAGGAGGAAGUUCAAUAAUAUCUUUUGGAACUCUGUACUUCGAUAUCAUGCCAUUGUAUAUACUUGCUGCAUUAGUUAUGCUUAACGAGGUUAGGGACAUAGCAUCAUACAUUUGCUCUAACUGGACUAUAGUAGCCUUGGUAUGUCAAUAUGUGAAGCAUGGUUCUAGGCGACAAUCUGCUACCAUGCAGAGAUGUGUUAGUUGUGUGCUAUGGAUCAAAGGCAAGUUCACAAGGAAUUCGGAGGACAAAAUGAGUCAGUCCUCAAUUUUGGCGCUCCACCCAAGGAAAACUCCAAUGGCUCUUCUUCAGCGUCUUCAUCUAGCAGGCCAACCUAAGAAGACACCAAGUGCAGUGAAAUCUGCUAUCGUUGGUGCACUGAGAAACAGCUACAAGAGAGGACAAAUCAGUGGUCAUGUGCCAUCUUUCCAAAGGAUCCUACAUCUGCAAGACGACAACAAGAUAAUUUGGACAUUUGGGGAAAGAGGUACAACCGAGAUCAUGCUUGUAUGUCACAUUGCCACGGCAAUCCUCGGAGCAAGGUCGCGACCGCAUCAACCUCCAUCCAACUCUGACCAUAUGUCUGCUGCCAAUCACAUAUCGCAGUAUUGCGCCUACCUGGUGGCACACUGUCCUGAGCUACUUCCUGAAGAUGAUGAAUGGUGCAAGAGCCUAUACAAGGCCAUCAAGAAAGAUGCCAAGCGUGUACUCGUUGGCAAAAAAAUUAGGCAGUCGAUGACAUCUGAGCUGGAGUGCCAGAACUGGUUGAUUGAGUUGCUGUGUGCAGAGGGUAAACAUGAGGUGCUCUUGGAUGGCGCGAGGCUUGCGGAGCGGUUGGUUGGGCUAACUGAAGAAGAAGGAGAGGAGAUGGCGUGGAAGGCCCUCGCAGUCUUUUGGUCAGAGAUGAUCCUGUAUGUCGCCCCGUCACACAACAUCGAUGGGCAUUUGGAGGCGAUCGCCCGUGGCGGCGAGCUGAUAACUCUUGUCUGGGCUUUGGUCACCCACCUCGGCAUAGUCGGUAGGUCCGACGACAUCACUGAUAGUGCUACUACCAUUGAUGUUUAA